AGUUCGCCUUGGAUUUACACCAGCGCCUUCCAGAGCACGCGGUUUAUUGGGAUCUUAGCACCAUAAGCUGAUAUUUUCUUAUCGACGUUUUACUGAUUUCACGUAUUUUUCAUUCCAUUUUAUUUUUCUGGCUGCUGUCGGACGGAAUUGUGCCAUAUUGGAGCUGUCCGUGCGCAUCAAGGGGGCGAUACGCGAGGCUCAACCUCCUCCUGAAUGCUUUGUCCUUGCAUGACAUGAGCGAGACAGAAACAUCUGGUGUGUGAGUGUGAGCGUGUGUGUGUUUGUGUUUGUGUUCAGAUACCGUUCAAUCAAAAGCUUGCAACUGGUGUGUGCUGUGGAGAGCAAAUGGCCAUAAGGCGUCCACCUCGCAGCGCGCACUGAUCCCUGUGAUGUGGAUGUUGCCACACUUGGUCAAGCUUCUGUAUGGCUAAAGCCGGAGAUCUCCUAACGACCGGACACAUUUUGAGGAGAUAAAACUUUUUUCCCUUCUUCUUCUUCUUUACGCAUCACCUCGUUAAUGAUGACCGAGAACAACGAGAUGGAGAGCGAGUCGCAGCUCCAGCGCUCUCCAAGCACCAUGUCCAUCCAACCGAUGUCAUCCAAGCUCCAGAGACUAAAGCGCUCGCUGUCAUUCAAGACCAUCAUGCGCAGCAAAAGCGUGGAGAACUUCUUCCAGAGGUCCUACAGCGACGCCCGCCUGCCCCCGGAUUUCAUCACCGACCCGCCGCCUCCUUCUCCUCCGCUGAUGCCUGGCUCUCCUCUCACCGGCGAACGCUCGCCGUCCAUUUCACCAUCCCUGAGCCCCAACCCCUCCAUCGCCUCCCACUCCCCCUCUCUCAGCCUUUCCCCAUCGCUGCCCACCAAGCCUCCCCGGCCUCAGAUUAACCACUGUUUCCAGGACCACGUCUUUCGCAAGCCCACCAACUGCCAGCACUGCAAACACAUGAUAGUGGGAAACUCCAAACAGGCUCUGCGGUGUAAAACGUGCAAGAUGGCUGCUCACCUGUGGUGCACCUCAGAACUAUCGCAGCAGCCGUGCCAUGGGAAGUCCGGAGCGUUCAAGCGAAACUUCAGCUCGCCGAUGCUCGUCAACGACCAAUUGUCUGUCGUCAAGGAAGUGCAACCGAGCCAAGAGGCUGCGAGGAUGCGUGUAGACCCCGUAUAUGCCGCCUUGCGCUACGGGACGUCCUUGGCACAGAUGAGCCGGUCCAGUUUUGGCAGUUUGUCAGAGUCGCCAACACGCAGCCUGGGGGAGGGAGGUGAGGAGAGUCAGCAGAGACAGUGCAGCAUGGAGGAAGAGAUAACUCAGGAGACAGGGGACACCCCUGUCCCUGAACCGGAGGUCGAGAAGGAGGAAGAGGAGAGCAGCAGCCAAGCUCAGACCCAAGCUCAAAUUCCUGUGGACGACAGCAGUGUCAAGGUGCCCAAGCGCAUUGAAGUUCACUCCAUCCACACCUAUGUAGCGCUCUACAAGUUUCUGCCUCAGGAACAGAACGACCUGGAACUACAUCCUGGUGAUCGGGUGCAGGUCACUGACGACUCUAAUGAAGAGUGGUGGAAGGGCAAGAGUGGCGACAGAGUCGGCUUCUUCCCGGCCAACUUCGUGCAGAGGGUCCGUCCAGGAGAGAGAGUGUGGCGAGUCGUCCAGGGUUUCUCCGGUAGCAGAGAAAGAGGACACAUGGCUGUGAAGGAGUCCCAGAUCUGUGUGGGAAAGCUAGAAGACGGCGAGACGUAUCUGAAGCUGAGCAGUGGGAAGAAGAGAGGGCUGGUCCCAGCUGACUCCAUAGAGGAGAUCUGAGCCUCUGUUUGAACAUCACCUUCCUUACUCUUCUACUUCCCCCUGGGACACACCCAUCUUCAGACGACCCCCAUCCUCCCCCUCGGCACAAAGACAGCCGCAGCCUCUCCGACCAGCCCUGACUGACUUAAGCCAAACACAUAAACUGGAUGAAAAACACAUAUUUCCGCAAGGAGCUGGAACCACAGCCUGUUCAGGUUGAACUGGUUUACUGUCUUCAACAGAGUCUUUAAGAGAGUGUACAGUCAUGCAGUAAUCCUGCUCUUAGAAAAGAACUGUUUCUCAGCAGGCUAGCACAGCUGUAGGUUUAUCUUUGCAAUACAAAAGUCAUGUCAUAAAUGUUUAGUUAGACAAUGUGAGCACAAGUCAUAAAUGCUUUAAAUAUGCCUGCUGGAUGCCAGUUCACGUUUAGUUAUUCCGCGUCGAUAAGACGUCUACCAACGUGGGAGGAGGCUGAGUCCUGUAAUGGGAACAUGAUGCUUCUGUCAGCGUCCUUUUCUUCUUUCUGCCCACUCCGUAUGUCUCAUCCCUAUCUGCUCAUGUCAGGGUCUCUGGCCCGGGGACUGGUAUCAGCUUUAUGUAGACUGCUACACGACAUGAGGCACUCGGCAAGGACAACCACUACCAGCCAGAGAAAGCUUCUGCCACUCAGGCAGACCAGAGAUGAAAGGAGUGCACACGAUUUUGAAAAAAUCGUCAGCAGUGUCAAGCUGAGCUAUAUCGGCAGUCACCAACUUGAGAGAGCAGAGAGGAGAAGAUUUUUUUUUUCAAAGCAGAAUUGGAGCCUCUGAGGAUCUUUUCACAGGAAACUCUUUUUUGACUUUUUCAGCAUAAAAUAAGAAUGAAAUAUGGUACAAAAAAUUGCAAGAGAGCAUGAAUCAGUCAUGCUGGACCCGACUUUUUUUGUGAAACAACUCUCUACAGGACACAAACUUACAUUUCCAGGAAUACAUUCAUGUGUGAAGUAUCUCAGUGAGGGUCUGUGAUUUGUUGUCUUUUCUUAGUAAAGAUGAAGCGAGGGGGAAGUAAAAAGGGAGAUAAAACUAGAAGGAGAAAAACCCAGCAGAGUGGUCCUUAGCGAGAACAAGUGUCGAAAUCUCAAGUGUAACUGUCUCAAGUGGCAGGAGCCGUUCUCCUGUUUUCACAUAAAGGAGCUCGGCAGGCAUAAAAGGGUUCGUGUCUCCGCAGGCUCGCUGAAGAGCCGCAGUGGUGUGCUGCGAGUGUUGCACGGCAUUUUAACACGGCUUCACUGGAGCCCGAGCAGCGAGAAACAAACCGCAGCCAGUCUGCCAGAAAAAAACAACAACACAGUGGGGAUCUUUCUGACCAUGACAGGGAGUCUGAGUUUCACUGACAGCUCGGAGGAGGAGGAUCGCGGGGAAAACAGAGGGUGGAGGAGGUGCGGUGAGAGGAGUGACAUCAGUGCUGAACCAUUAUGAGUCAGUGUGUGCAUGCAGGUACAGUUGUACCCAUGGGUGCGCGAGUCAUCAUCGAUCAAAUGUCAGCCUGUCUUCUCCAUCUUCCACUGACUGUUUGGCCUGACUGAUCAAUUCUGACAUUAAGUGAAGGCAUUUUUUUUUUCUUGUAGGUAAUCGAUUCAUCCAUUACUUAUUAAACAUAUUUGAAGCAUUUCUUAGAAAAGACGUCUUGUUCCGGUGAGAGGACACAAAUGUAGGAUUGAAGCACAGAAUGCAUCGCAGAUUGUUGUCAGCUCACGACUUCUUUCAGAGCCCAGAGAUCUAGCUUUUUCUGAUCCUUCUUUACUCGACAUUUCAAUAUAUGUGAAAGCCUUUAGAGACUGUGAGAAAUAAGCGUAUCUUCCUGUAAUUACGAGAAUAGCACUUUAUUUUGUGUCAUAUGAGUAACCUUUUCGUUGAGGUAGUCUCCUUCAUAGUGAUAGCUGUCGUACUUUAUCCUCACUUCACUCCACCUCUCCAUGGAGCUCUUCAGGCAGACGGCUUGUCUUUUGUGCGUCAGACGUUUCUAAAGUCAAAAAUGAUCAAAGUUGGGGAAGAAAAAAAAACAAAAACUGAAAAUUACACAGCGGCAACCACCCUGGAGAAAAGUAAUAUCAGAGUAGAACUGGAUUUAUGAUUUUACCCCAUGUGAACACUCUGCUGUCUUGCAUUGCGCCUAGUUUUUAUGUAGCAUCACAUGUUCACACCUUUUAGGAUUUAAAAUGUUAAGUGUGUGUGAUGUGUUUGGACGUCCAGAUUCAUUGGUUGGCCGCAUACCUCAAUAAAAGAUCUUUAC